UUGGAAAGCAACUCUUCGUUAACAGUUACUCCAAUCCCAAAAUCCGAUCCCUUGAAUAUGCCGGGAGCUAAAAGUUCUCGAAAAGGCCUGAAAAUCUGUUGCGGUACGACCUUCGUUUUGUUGAUCGUCCUCGCAAUUGUUUGUGUGACCCUGUAUUUUACCAUGUUUAAGCCUAAAAAACCUCAAGUCACAGCCCACCCAGUAAGCCUUGAAAACAUUGAAGUCCAAAUCUUCCCAGCUUUUAGCCUCAAUGUCACGAUAGGCUUGGUUUUUACAAUCAACAAUCGCAACUACGGAAGCUUCAAAUACCAGAAUUCAACUUGUUAUAUCGAUUACCAUGGAACAAACAUAGCAGAGGUUCCGAUUGAAGGUGGAACUGUUCCUGCACGCCGGAAAUUCAACUUGAGCACUUACGCUAAUGUCACUGCUGAGCACUAUAGGUGCAUUUUCUUUUCCCAAGCCUCCGCUCAGGAGGGAACCCAACACAUUCAAACUCCCAGAGGUGCUCACGGUUUUUUAUCUCAACAUAUUCAGAGUUCUGUUCUUCGGUGGAUUUCCGAAGGGUUUUGGAAGGCUUGAGGAUUCGAGUAAACGGCAAUCAAAUAUUGGGUGUGGUGAAUGUUGAUUCGGCAAAUAAGUCUUAGGGUGAUUGUGAGGAUUCAAAUCGUAAGGUAAGACUGCUUAUAACUACACAAUGUUUUAUAGUGUUUGAUUUCUUCUUGUGGUUUUUACCAAUUUGGAGUUUUCCAUGUAUAUCCGGUGUUCAUCGUUUAUUCUUCAUUCAUAUUAUUGCUUGAUUAUUGGGUUUGUAGCAGAAUAGGAAUUUCACCUCCAAUCCCACAAUCAUCGCGAAUAUGCCUGGAGCUAAAAGUUCCCCAAAAGGCCUGAAAAUCUGUUGUGCUACGACCUUCGUUUUGUUGAUCGUCUUCACAAUUGUUUGUGUGACCCUGUAUUUUACCAUGUUUAAGCCUAAACAACCUCAAGUCACAGCCCAUCCAGUAAGCCUUGAAAACAUUGAAGUCCAAAUCUUCCCAGCUUUUAGCCUCAGUGUCACCAUAGGCUUGGUAGUUACACUCAACAAUCGCAACUACGGAAGCUUCAAAUACCAGAAUUCCACUUCUUAUAUCGAUUACCAUGGAACCAAUGUAGCAGAGGUUCCGAUUGAAGGUGAAACUGUCCCUGCACGCUGGAAACUCAAUUUGAGCACCUACGCUAAUGUCGCUGCAGACAAGUUGAUUACUAACUCACAUUUCUUGAGUGAUCUUAUUACUGGGAGUUUCAACUUGACAUCCAAGGCUACUUUGCAUGGUAAAGCGAAAGCGCUUAAGAUAUUUAAACACAAAGCGAUGAUUUUAAGUACUUGUGACAUCUCUAUUUUCAUUCACAAUCAGAGUUUGGAGUCCAACUGCUAUUCGAAAAUCAAAUUGUGAUGUUGGUAAAGAGAAUCCUUUCUUGUAAUCAUCUUUCUUCAUCUUUGACUUGUUUUAAUUACUUGUCUAGUUUUGUUUUCGCAAGUAAAUCUAUUUUGUUAGUUUCUCUA